AUUCAAUUCAAAACCAUUAGGCUUGCUAUGCCAAACAAUGGACAGUGAAUUCAGCAAGUGCCUCUCGUCCUCCCUUUUUACCUUUGUGGUUGGCCAGGAGAGGAAAGAGAUUACCGUGCACUCUAGAUCCCUGGCCAACCUAUCUUCCCCUCUCAAUAAUCUCAUGAACGGUAAAAUGCAGGAGGCAAACAGACGUCAAGCCGACUGGUCGGGGGUCGAGGAAAUGACAUUUGUUCUGCUGUGUGAGUACGCUUAUACGCGCGACUACACGCCGCCCUCGUGCUCGAAGAGAGAAAUCCCACAGCCACCAGCUGAAACUGAAGACAACAUUGGUGCUAAAGAAGCAGAGCAAGCCUCUGAUCAGGCUAGCAAUGCGGCAACGGAUGCAGCAACGGAGCAAGAGACAGCAGCUGUAUCGGAUGCACCAGCUGAACCAGAAACUCCGACUGAACCAGAGAUUGUGGAUGAACUCAAGGCAGAGGCAACGCCAGAGGCAGAGCAGUCAAGUACUCAUUUCAGCGGUCAUACUUUACCGUACAGAGAAAAGAGUAUCUGGACACAGCACCUUCAAGACAAGUUUAAAACUCUCAGCGUGCAGUAUACAAACUCGCACAAUUGUGCUUUAUCAGCUCGGAAAGACGUAUUUGCUCCGAAAGGGAACUCUCACCCUUGGGAGGAUUUCACCCCCGUCUUUCUUGCACAUGCAAAAUUAUACAUCUUAGCUGAUAAGUACUGCAUUCUCCCCCUCGCAGACCUGGUUCUGUAUAAGCUGGAAACAACGUUAGCACAGUUUAAUCUGUGUGAAGAGAAUAUAAGUGAUGUGACUGAACUAAUCCGAUUCUCUUAUCAAUGGACACGGCCCAACGACGCUCUGAGGUUGUUGAUCACCACCUAUGUUGUAUCAGUGCUUGGUCAAAUAGGCGAAAAUACUGAGUUUCAAGAGCUGCUAAUGGAUGGCGGAUUUUUUGUUCUUGAUCUUUGGCAAAUGAUGUGGUGCUGA